AUGGCAGUCGAAUUUGGGGACCAGAGUAGUGGCUUCCGCCAUACUGAAGUAAUCAGAUUCAUUAAUAAUGAAGUCCUUGUGAAUGGAGGAGGUCCUGAAUUCUAUAUGACCUUUCACUCUCAGUCUUGGAAUGAGAUAGAAGAUCAGCUCCAAACCAUCCUUGUCGACCCCAAAGUGCCACGCUGCUUCAAGAGGGCUUGUACCUGGAGCGCUUUGGCUUUGAGCGUGAGAGUGGCUGCCAGGCAGCGUGAACAGCAGGCACGUCGAGUUUGGAGGCUGCAGGACCAGGUGGGAGAGCAUGAGUCAGCUUCCUGGACUCUGGUCUCUGAACUACAGAGGUUGCGAGAAGAGAGGGACCAGGCAGCCGCUCAACUUCUGUCUACACAGGUUGCGCUCCAGGAGGCAAUGGAUGAGCGGGAAAUACUUCGUGGGAGGCUGCUCCAAGCAGAGAGAUCUGCGAUGGCUGUUGUACCUGAACCUACAAUGGAGCACCGUAGAACAUCACUGUGGUCGCUUGAGGAAGAAGAACUGGAAGAGCUGGUAUUUAGAGAAUCCCAGAAUAGGUCCCAUUUGCAGGCUCAGAUGACAAUCUUGUCUUGCGUACCUGGACUUCCAAGUUCUUGGGUCCAAGCAGUGCAUCCCUUUCUUCGAAUGCCUGUGCUGCAUCCACUACCACUCAAUGCACCAUUCUCCUUAGGAGUCCCAUAUUCAACACCUGUACCAUGUUAGGUGCUAAUGGACACGAGCAACAGCAGCAGCCAUGGCCCAGCUUUACCUCACAUACCUCCUUCAGGAAUCUACCCAGCUGGCUUGUGGGUUACAUUGGGUUCCCAGGAAACAAUAGCUCCCACUUGGGAUCAAAUCUGCCAUAGGGAGAAUGAAUGUUCUGAGGUCCUCCAGGAUCUAAGUCACCUGACAGACAACGUAAGCCACAGUGAAGAGGAAGAUCCAGAGAAAUCUCAAGGAACAUCUCUCCAUGGGGACAGCAGCAAGAACAGCCACAAGGAAAAUAACGCCAAACCCCAGAUGAUGGCAGCCACUGAGAAGAAAAAUCUAGUGAUACACCAGAAAACACCUGCAGUGGAGGUCAACAGUAAUCCCAGCACAAAGGAAGAAUCAGUAAUGCCCCAGGGGAUAGCUGCACAGGGGAAAAAAAGCAGCUCCACCCAGAAGAAAUGUCUAGGAACUUCCCAGAAGGUGGCUGACUCGAAAGAGAGCAUCUGCCACAACAACAAAAGUGUUUCUGUGACAAUUUCCAAGGAGACAGAUACCUCAGGGAACAAAACCACACCUUCCCUGAAAAAAUAUCCAGGGAUUCUCUUGAGGAAGCCUGACCUGGGAAACAAAGUUAGCUGCAACAAGAAAGACGAUACAAAGACACACCAGAGGGUGGCUAACCUGGGAGAAGGAAUCAGAAAUGUCCAGAAAGAAGACACUUUUCAGCAGAUGACACGCCUGGCUACUGGUGGGAGUCCUAAUGAGAAGAAAACUCAGACAGUGCCACAGGGGACUAUCAGGAGCCAGAGCCAGAAGGAAGAGCCAAACAAGGUCCAAGCAAACCACCCGGGAAAAUGUAAAAGUUAUUUUACGAAUAAAGGCCCUAAAAACCAACUGGCUCCAAAGCAAAAGGUCAAGCCACCUCAGGAGAUAAAAGCUUUAGAAUCCAAGCAACCUCAAGGGACAAAAUCCUCUGACUCCAAGCAACAUGAAAAACCCCUCUCACACCGUUCUUCAGUGAAUUCUGUCUGUUCAUCAUGCAAAGCUGUGAAUCGCUCAUGCAAGGGUUGCUAUAAAUGUGCAAAAGCAAGUGCUCAACUCGAAAGAAAAGAUGUUGAUCCGUAA